AUGGGCUCGGUUUUAGCCGCCAGCUCCCCCCCACCGCCGUUGUUACCGGUAACGCCGGGGCCCGGCUAUGGGGGGGCUCUGCCCCAUGGCGCUGCCCCACGGAGCCCCACGGAGCCUUUCCCCCCCGCGCCCCCGGAGCCGCUUCCCAACCCCGGGGCCUUCGAGGAGUGCCACCGGCGCUGCAAGGAUCUGUUUCCGGUGCAGAUGGAGGGCGUCAAACUGACCGUGAACAAGGGGCUCAGCAACCACUUCCAGGUGAACCACACGGUGGCGCUGAGCACCCUGGGGGACUCCAGUUACCACUUUGGGGCCACCUACGUGGGAACCAAGCAGCUGAGCCCCACUGAGGCGUUCCCGGUGCUGGUGGGGGCCAUGGACAACAGCGGCAGCCUCAAUGCCCAGGUCGUUCAUCAGCUCUCGGAGCGGCUGCGCUCCAAGGUGGCGCUGCAGACCCAGCAGGCCAAGUUCAUCAAUUGGCAGCUGGACGCCGAGUUCCGGGGCAGCGACUUCACGGCCGCCCUGACCCUGGGGAACCCGGAUGUGCUGGUGGGGUCCGGGAUCCUGGUUGCCCAUUACCUGCAGAGCGUCACCCCCAGCCUGGCCCUGGGGGGGGAACUCGUUUAUCACCGGCGCCCCGGCGAGGAGGGAACCGUCCUGGCCAUGGCCGCCCGUUACACAGCACCCAAUUGGAUCGGGACCUUGACCCUGGGCCAGGCCGGGGCCCACGCCACCUAUUACCAUAGAGCCAAUGAGCAGCUCCAGGUGGGGGUGGAGUUCGAGGCCAGCACCCGGCUCCAGGACAGCUCCGUGGCCUUCGGCUACCAGCUGGAGCUGCCCAAGGGCAACCUGGUCUUCAAAGGCUCCGUGGACAGCAGCUGGGUGGUGGCGGCGGUGCUGGAGAAGAAGCUGCCCCCGUUGCCGCUGACGCUGGCGCUCGGCGCCGGCCUCAAUCACCGCAAGAACAAAUUCCACUGCGGCUUCGGCAUCACCAUCGGAUGAGGGACCCC